AUGGAUUCUCUAAAAUCUAAAACAUCAAAUAUACCACCAAGAGUUGUCAGCUUCCCCAAUCAACAAGCCUACCUUAUUGUUCAUGCUAUGGGAGAAACACCUUUGUCUAAAUGUUCUUAUUUUUUAAUUCAGAAACUUUUUGAAUCAACUAUUGGGCACCUUAAAAAAAUCCAAAAAUUGAGGUCAGGAGAUCUCGUAGAAACAGCCUCCUCUCAACAGUCAGAAAAACUUUUGAAAAUGAAGUCUCUAGGAGAUAUACAAGUCACUAUCACACCACACACAAGUUUGAACUUAUCGUGUGGUGUGAUAUCUGAAAUUGAUCUGAUGUCUGAGGAAGAAUCAGGUGUUCAGAUCAGCCUUUCAAAUCAAGGAGUUACUGCUGUACGAUGCAUCUCCAUUCAUUGA